AUGAGAUUGCUCAAGUAUACUCUUUUAGUAUCUCUGAUAGCAAAUUCAGUAUAUCUAGCUCCAAAAGGCCCUAAAAGAUCUAAAGAAUUAAAUGACAAAACCUUUGAGCAUGAUACUCAGGCAACAACUGGAUCUACAACUGGUGAUUGGUUUGUUAACUUCUGUAGUAAAAAGAACAAAAGAUGUAGAGAAAUUGAACCACUCUGGGACGAGCUUGCAGAAAAGUUAUUUGGAAGAUUAUCAGUAGCUCAUGUUGACUUAAAAAGAAAGUUUUAUCAAUUUGAUGGAAAUAGCGAUGACAUUGAAGCUUUACAUUAAUUUGCUAUUGAUUCAUAUCCUGAUGCAAAAUUGCAAGGAGAUAUUCCUUAGGAGCUCUCAGCUUUCUCAAGUCUUUGGAAAAAUUUACUAGAUUUAAUUGAGAUGGUUGGAGAACAGAUAAAUAAAGUAGUCAUGAAGAAUGAGACUGAGGUUAAUUAUGCAGGCAUGGCAGUAUUUUUUGGCAUUCCUCUCAUUAUAAUCUUCAGUAUGUGUGUCCUUAUCCUUGGAGGCUAGGAAGAUAGUGGAAUCGUAGGGGCUAAAAAGCAAGUUGCAGACAAAAACAUAAAGAAAAAUAAAUGA